UAUACCGGAAUACGGAUAUAUGUAUUUGUCUCACCGGACUCAGUACAGCCAAGCCCAAUGCCUUUCCCAAUCCCCCCAGCCAGAUUUCCAAGGAUGCCACCCAUCCUGUGGCCCCUCCAAGCAACCCGUCUCUUGUCUACUCUUUCACAGAUCACCUGCUGCUAGUUAGCCCUUCUCCUCGUCAGAAUCUCGCCGCCAUGGUCUCCCUCUCCGCCAUCCAGGCCUCAAAUGCCAACAUCGCCUCCGCACUGCCGGCCGGCCUCGUCGCCGUCUUUGUGGGCGCGACCAGCGGCAUCGGCGAGACGGCCCUGAAGCAGUUCGCAAGGCACACUCGGCAACCCCGCAUCUACUUUGUCGGCCGCUCAGACGAGGCCGGCAAGCGGGUCGCCGACGAGUGCAGGUCGCUGAACAAGGACGGCCAGUACAACUUCGUCCGCGCAGACGUCGGCCUGAUCCGCAGCGUCGACGACGUCUGCCGCGAUAUCACGGCCAAAGAGACGGCCAUCAACCUGCUCUUUCUCACUCCGGGGACUAUGGUUAGCCACACAGAAACCGCCGAGAAGCUCCACCUCGCCACGGCCCUCGUCUACCACAGCCGCACACGCUUCAUAGUUAACCUGCUCCCCCUCCUCCAACGAGCCACCAGCCUCCGCCGCGUCGUGACCGUGUUCGCGGGGGGCAAAGAAGGCAACGUCGACACAAACGACCUGCAGGCUUGGAAGGUCCCGAUGCUGUCCACGCGCGGCCACGUCAGCUCGAUGGUGACGGUGUCUCUCGAGACGCUGGCCAAGCAGGCGCCCGAGGUGAGCUUCGUCCACGCCUUCCCGGGCGCCGUCAAGACCAACCUGUCCCGCGGCGCCAAGAGCCUGUCCAUCGUGGUCCUGCGCGCCGUCUUCAAGGUCAUCGGGCCGCUCAUCUACAUCCCCAACGAGGAGGUGGGGGAGCGUCAGCUCUUCCUGGCCACCAGCGCGCGGUAUCCGCCCAGCGCCGGCGGGGCUGAGGGCGUGCCGCUGGCGGGCGCGGUGGCAGUGGCGCGGGGGACGGACGGGAAGGCUGGGAGUGGUGUCUACUCGGUGGACCAGGAGGGAGAGACGUCGGAUGCCAAGGUGGAACUGCUGACCAAGCUUCGGAAAGAGGGGGUCCCCGAGAAAGUGUGGAACCAUACGGAGGAAGAGUUCAAGCGGAUCACCGGCGUAGAGGCGGUAUAGAUCGAGCAGACGGGGCUCCUGGGAGAGAGAAGAUAUGAAGUUUGCUUUGCAUUAAUUAUGUUUUCAAUAUACCACUAGAGAAAGAUACGCUACCUAAUUAAUCCACAUUCUCGGCCAGAUUCCUCUUUACAACUAGACUUGGAGAUAAUAUAUGCUCGUCCCUAUG